AUGAACCCUUCACCCACCCUCCACCCACCCUCCACCCAGCCUCCACCCACCCUUCACCCAGCCUCCACCCACCCUUCACUCAGCCUCCACCCACCCUUCACCCAGCCUCCACCCACCCUUCACCCAGCCUCCACCCACCCUCCACUCAGCCUCCACCCACCCUUCACCCAGCCUCCACCCACCCUUCACCCAGCCUCCACCCACCUUUCACCCAGCCUCCACCCACCCUUCACCCAGCCUCCUCCAACCUCCACCCACCCUUCACCCAGCCUCCACCCACCCUCCACUCAGCCUCCACCCACCCUUCACCCAGCCUCCUCCAACCUCCACCCACCCUUCACCCAGUCUCCACUCAGCCUCCACCCAGCCACUACCCAGCAUCCUCCAACCAUGCUCCAUCCAGCCUUCACACACCCUCCACCCUUCACCCACCUUCCACCCAGUCUCCACCCAGCCUCCUUCACCUACCCUCCACCCAGCCUCCACACACCCUCCACCCACCCAGUCUCCACCCACCCAGCCUCCUCCACCCACCCUCCACCCAGUCUCCACCCAGCCUUCACACACCCUCGAACCCCCCUUCAUCCAGUCUCCACCCAGCCUCCACCUAGCCUCCUCCAGCCUCUACCCACUCUCCACCCAGCCUCCACCCACCAUUCAACCAGUCUCCACCCACCCUUCACCCAGCCUCCACCCACCCUUCACCCAGCCUCCACCCACCCUCCACUCAGCCUCCACCCACCCUUCACCCAGCCUCCUCCAACCUCCACCCACCCUUCACCCAGUCUCCACUCAGCCUCCACCCAGCCACUACCCAGCAUCCUCCAACCAUGCUCCAUCCAGCCUUCACACACCCUCCACCCUUCACCCACCUUCCACCCAGUCUCCACCCAGCCUCCUUCACCUACCCUCCACCCAGCCUCCACACACCCUCCACCCACCCAGUCUCCACCCACCCAGCCUCCUCCACCCACCCUCCACCCAGUCUCCACCCAGCCUUCACACACCCUCGAACCCCCCUUCAUCCAGUCUCCACCCAGCCUCCACCUAGCCUCCUCCAGCCUCUACCCACUCUCCACCCAGCCUCCACCCACCAUUCAACCAGUCUCCACCCAUAAGGGGUGGCAGGUAGCCUAG